GAUUCCACUGCGAGAUCCGCAAUAACAGUCCACCUUUUACAAGGGUACCAACGAGGAGGUUAUAGGGUCCCUCGGGCAGAUCUACAUCAAAGCAAGUCUCACCAUGAGCCAGAUAGGUGUUGGUGAUAUCAUCACUGCGGUCAAAGUUGUCUGGACGGUCUAUGAAAGCGUUAGAGAUGGACCUACAGGUGCAACAGGAGACUUUAACUCUUUUCGCCAAGAGUUCCGCGCUAUCAAAGUGCUACUGGAAAGGAUACAGCGGGUAAAGGAGUCUACAUCAGGAGACGUCCGUCAUCUUGGAGCAUUUUACCACGAAACAAUCCAGGAAUGCGCCCAAUUCGUUAAUAAGCACAAGGUACUUGCUCAAGAUAAACCAUCAACAGAUGGCAGCCGCCGUGGAAGCCUAGGCAAAAAGGUCUCCAUAUGGUAUGAGAAGGUCACCUGGCCACUCGAGCGAAGUGAAGCCGAACGGCUUCGACAGAAACUUGAGCGCUGUCUGAGCAUCGCAACGCUGAGGUCUACCGAGGAAACACGCGAUGCGACUUUAGGAUUUAUGCGGAUAGCGGAGAAUAACCAGUUAGAAAACCUGGAGAUGUUGAAAUCGAUCAAGACAAUGACGGCACAGAUCUCACUACUCCUGCGGAAAUGCAUUAUUGACGGCCCAAUACACACCGAAGACCAUGAUGCACACCACUCAAGCCAGCGUGGGCAUCGAUCGAGGCUCGCCGGCCUUAGGCCAGAACACAUACUUAGUGGAAUCCCAGAGGAUGAUGAAGUGCCUUCACUUGACAGUCAAAGGUACCAAAGGGUCCUCGAUCGCAUUCGUGAGAUCUCUGAGAGACUGGGAAAUCUUACUCGGAGACUUGAUACACAUGGUCUACCUGUCGGCCCGCCUCAGCCUACUAGUCGCAAGUAUAUGUUGAAUUCUGAGACGGAAAUUGCUGAGACACCAACUGUUGAUGCAAUGGUUCUCUUCCUUCAUCAGGUUAGCGAUGAUGUGCGCGAUGCUUUAGAGAUGGUUGGCUAUGGGCACGACCUCGUUCCGAACUAUGACCGGUCUGAGAAAGAUCAAGCCGUGGUUAAGCCUGCUCGGUCGAUCAAUGACACCGCAGAGGAAUGGGAGCAGUUCCGGCAUUGGCUCGACUUCCAGCUUGUACACGCCUUCAAUAUGAAUUCUAUUGAUAUCAAGCCUCUCCAUCCCUCACAGCCACUGCUGUCAGAGCUCUCUCCAUCACCUGACUGCCUCUCACCAUCGAUUCCCAUUACCCGUACACGCUCAGUUGAGUCCGAUCUUUCAAUUGGUUCUCCAAAGUCAACCAUCUCUAUACCGAUCUCCGAUAGGAAGAUUCCACUUACAACCCACCCAGUCCAAGUGGAAUUUCCGGACCCGAAUAUUCCCAACCGUGCGCUUUUUCGCACAUUGAUAUGUACAGUUGUGGCUUGUUUGAAUACGCAGACAAACGAGCCAGAGGCGAUUGAAGCUGUCGAUAUCAACGGAGGAGUGAAAGUUAUCCAGACCAUCGUCCGCGGGUCCACCACCGUUAAGAGCUCUAUGCUGCCUGACGUACCGAGCAGCCGAGUCACUACGCCGUUUUCUGAUUCCUGUUCCAUCUGGUUCCAGGGUUCGCAUAAAGCGAAGAUUGAGGACCAACAGUCCGUCAUCAGAUACAGUAUCUCGCCGAUUUAUAAAUGCCGCGACCGCAGUGUCAAUGACCUGGGCACACCCAGUCAGAAAUCAAAACUGGUCAAACUUCUGUUUCAGGCUGCUUCACGCCGCGGUUCCAUGGAUAGCGUCGCUAGUGGCUUUUCACAGGACUCACGUCAGUCUACGUUAACAUCAUUAGGAUCUAGCUCACGGGGUAAAUAUCUAGAGCUCGAGUUCUAUGAGGAAAGAGACUGUGCAGGAUUUGUCCGCAAGCUCAAGCAUGUAGCCGGGGCUUGA